AUGACCAUCACUAGCACAUCAACGGUGCCUCCACCUGAUACAGAAGAAUGUGGCAAACUAUGGACACUAGAAGACACAUUCAUCCAUCCAGAAUUCCGUUUGUUGUAUGUUCCUCCCAAAGAUGAAAAUGACAAGAUGAUGACGAUUAUUACUCCUUCCAAACACGAGCCAUCUUACGUGCCUGAUCGCAAAUUUUAUGCUCUAUCGCAUUUAUGGGGUACCGAUCCAAAGGAUAACCUAUGGGACGUGAGCGACUUUAUCAGUGACGAGGAUGGUACUACAGUGGACCCAAUACCAAUGAGAGAAGAGAAACGUGAGACAUUCUUGAAUCUACUACAAGAGAACCCUGGAUACUGGUGGAUUGAUGUCUUGUGUUGUAGAAGCGAUACGCCACCUAUCAUCAUGCGAGGUGUGUAUGGUUGUUGCCAUACGUGCUUUGCUAUGCUUGAUUGUCCAUCCGAAGCAAUUGAAUUUUUCUCAACUGUAAUCCUUGAUCCUUCUAAGACUUAUGGCGAACCAAUCGAGGGGACAUCCUUUGAACGUAACAUGGUCAAGGGAGCAGCGUUGUGGAAGCAUGCUAGGGAUAUUGGGGAGUGCCGUUGGUUUUCACGUGUAUGGACCAUGCAAGAAUUGGCCCUUCCAUCUUCUGUUAUACUACUCGCUGAGACAUGUCAUAUGCCUUGUUAUUACGUCUCUGCCGAUUCGGUGUGGGUAUUCCAAUAUAGCAACGAAUUUAAUUUAAGAGACAAGGACAACAGCGAUUUCCAAGCGAAUAUUGGCACGCUCAGAAGAGCUGUCGGUAUAAUCCAUGGAUCUGAGGAGCAUACAGCAAAUGAUUUCUAUCUUCUCGAUUCAGUAUUACUUCACCUCGCCAAAUCUGAACGAUCAUGUUAUUUUGCCGAAGAUUACGUAUACGGUGUACUCGGCAUUUUGGGUUUGGAUAUCCCACGAUUGAAUGAUAUAGAAGACAUAUGGGAUCGCUUUCUCUUUAGUUUCCAACGAUUUGUAGAGAAGCGUUUUUGGGAAUCGGUCAAAGACCUUUUUUGCUGCGGCCCCUUCUUUUAUAGUCCCAACAAGACGUACAACGAACCAUACCCGGAAACGGCGACUAAGCAUUGCCAGGAGACUAUGCAUUUUAACAUUUGCGAGGGAGCAAGAUCAUGUGCAUUAUCAGGAGCGAGCAAAAUGGCAGACGUGUAUCGGGGGUUAUUGGAGAUCACGGUGAACUGUUCUUGUAGUCGUUGUCGUUUUAUCACCACCGAAUGGUUGAACCACUUUAGGUAUUUUACAGUCGUCAUUCGAGAUUGA